CUUUUUAUACACAGUCCUGCCCUAUAUCGUGGAGUGAUGCAGGAAUGUGAGGGAUGCUGAGUGUCCACCUGAUCCACGGCUCUGCGCCCGGGGGAGGGUCUCCACUCUCCGCUCUCCUCUCCGGCUGCCAUAACAAGCUCAGCACAGGCAGGAGGGGGAAGCGCAUCCUCGUUGAGAUCUGCUGGAAAUAUGAUCGUCAGGGGAACCUAAACGCGUUAGUCGUCUCUGGUCACAUGAUUCGACAACUUGAUGUUUUUGUGCUGUCAUCCUAAGGACGUAACUGGAGAGGCAAGCAGGGAAGACACAAGCCGACAUCAGGAGACGCUGCGCCGUGUGAGGCGAGGUCACCGCAGAGUAACACGGAUCCCCUGUGAUUUGAUCCCUCUCUAAAGCUCUGAAAAGGACCCCAGGCUCCACCACUGACCUCACUGAGUCAUCUUUCAUCCGGUACUAUCAUCAAUAUCUCUGAGAGGAUGUGAGUAGGAGAAGGGCUGAGGGUGGGAGACCUCAAUAAGUCCAACCAAGACAGGAAGUGGGAUCACAUGGCUGCUAUGGACUGACGGGUCAACUGAUACCAGAUCAAACUGGCUCUGCUUGGGAGUUGACAAUGGUGUUGUUUCUGAUUGGGAUCUCUAUUGCUGUGAAUAAUUCAUCUCAUGAGAACCAAACUGCAGAAAACCCCACCCAUCAGGGGGCUCAUGUGCUGCCCUCGACACUGAUCAUAUCCCUGCUUCUUAUCAUCGUGGUCCUGCUGACCAUCUACUGUCUCAGGUUCAAAAACCACAGGAAAGCUCUCGUUACCUCGGUGGACAAAAAAAUACCAAAUGGCUUCUUGGAGGAACAAGGAGAGCAGACAGUGGUCCUCCUUCCCAGAUCUCCCUCGCCCUCCAAGAGGUACUUCCCCAUCCCUCUGGACUCGCUGGAGGAGGAGUUCCGGAUACGCUCCGCAGACGAUGGCAAGCUCUUCAGAGAGGAGUUCAACUCGCUGCCGUGUUACUACCACCACGGGUCCUUUGAGGAGGCGAGCCGAGAGCACAACAGAGAGAAAAACAGAUACCCAAACAUUUUACCAUAUGAUCAUUCAAGAGUGGUGUUGAGUCAUCUUGAUGGACAUCUGUGUUCAGACUACAUAAAUGCAUCCUACAUAGAUGGUUUUAAAGAGAAGAACAAGUUCAUCGCAGCUCAAGGCCCAAAGCUUGAGACGCUGGCCGACUUCUGGCGGAUGAUUUGGGAGCAGAAAACCUCAACUAUAGUAAUGCUGACGAAUCUGAAAGAAAGGAAAGAGGACAAAUGUUAUCAGUAUUGGCCAGAGAAAGGCUGCUGGAUGUACGGGAACGUCCGAGUGGCGAUGGAGGACGUCACUGUACUGGUGGACUACACCAUUAGGAAGUUCUGUGUUCAAUAUCAGGGCAGCGACGGCCCCCGAGCUCCGCGGCUCGUCACUCAGCUCCACUUCACCAGCUGGCCAGACUUCGGGGUGCCGUUCUCGCCCAUCGGCAUGCUGAAAUUCCUCAAGAAGGUCAAGGCUGUCAAUCCACCGUAUGCUGGACCCAUUGUUGUGCACUGCAGUGCCGGGGUGGGGAGGACUGGGACGUUCAUUGUCAUUGACAGCAUGAUCGACAUGAUGCACAUGGAACAGAGGGUGGAUGUCUUCGGCUCUGUGAGCAGAAUACGAGAGCAGCGCUGUCAGCUCAUCCAGACAGAUAUGCAGUACUCCUUCAUCUACCAGGCUCUGCUGGAGUACUACCUGUAUGGAGACACAGAGCUGGAUGUGUGCUCUCUGGAGGGCCAUCUGCAGAGGCUUCACAACACCAGGGCUCCCCACGACAGGCUGGGCCUGGAGGAGGAGUUCAGGAAACUGACCAACGUCCGCAUAAUGAAGGAGAACAUGAGGACUGGAAACCUUCCCGCCAACAUGAAGAAGAACCGUGUGCUUCAGAUCAUUCCUUAUGAUUUCAACCGAGUAAUGCUGUCAGUGAAAAGAGGACAGGAGUUCACCGACUACAUCAAUGCCUCCUUUAUUGAUGGCUACAGGCAGAAGGACUAUUUUAUCGCAACCCAGGGCCCACUGUCUCACACAGUGGAGGACUUCUGGAGGAUGGUGUGGGAGUGGAGGUGUCAUUCAAUCGUUAUGCUCACCGAACUCAAAGAGAGGGAGCAGGAAAAGUGUUUCCAGUAUUGGCCAUCAGAGGGCAGUGUAACAUUUGGAGAUUAUACCGUGGAGCUGACUGGAGACACACAGUGUGAAACCUUCACUCUGAAAGACAUGGUGCUCACCUACAGACCAGAAAAGAAGUCACAACACGUCCGACACUUCCACUUCCACGGAUGGCCUGAGAUCGGAAUACCGGCUGAAGGAAGAGGGAUGAUUGACAUUAUUGCCGCUGUGCAGAGGCAGCAGCAGCAGUCUGGAAAUCGUCCCAUAAUUGUGCACUGCAGCGCUGGAGCGGGUCGGACCGGUACCUUCAUUGCCCUCAGUAACAUUCUGGAGAGGGUGAAGGCUGAAGGCCUCCUGGACGUUUUCCAGACUGUCAAGAGUUUACGCAUGAAGAGGCCACACAUGGUCCAGACUGUGGAGCAAUAUGACUACUGCUACAGAGUGGUUCAGGAUUUUGUUGACAUUUUCUCUGACUACGCCAAUUUUAAAUAAUACCUGUCAAAUUAAUGUAGGCAUUUCCUUUUCCUGAAUGUUGUUUUCUAAAGCAAGCUCUUUUUACACGUUGCUCAUGAUUACAGAUCUAAAACAUAAUUGUACCAUACUGUAAUAUAAUUGAAAACAUCUGUACUCCAGGAGAGUAUGUCCGGAAUGCUUGAUCGUCAGGCAUCCCAGUGCAAAAUAUGGUAAUUAUAGUGGUUUAUGGUAAGGUUGGGUUCUUCAAUAUAUAUGUUCUGCAUCAGUUUUAUGUUGCAUAUGUUGCAACAGUGUGAGGCUCAAUAAAGGAAAUAUUCAAA